AAUUCCUGCCUAGCCUUGCCUGCUAUCCGACCUUGUUUCGAUGCAAUUGGAGUUUGCAGUGCUAGCAAAUCUCUUGUGCCUUACUUCUUCCUGUAUCAUAACACCACAACCAUAGAAUUAUAGAGAACGGUAAACAUGGCUACUGUCGUCGAAAAAGUAACCCCCGCUGCACCACCACCAGACAGUGCAGCAGACAAGCUGCUGCCUGGUAGACACACAUUACCAGCGUCAUGGUGGACGUCUGAAAAGGUGCUGGACUUUGAGAAGAGAGCGAUCUUUGCCAAGUCGUGGCUUUUCUGCACCCACGAGUCGAGAUUCAAGAAAGCCGGUGACUACUUUGCUUUUAACUUACUAGGCUGGAACUUCUUCCUCAUCAAGAACAAGGAGGGAGACAUUAAGGCGUUCCACAACGUCUGCAGACACAGAGCGUACCCCGUUGUCAGAAAGCAACAGGGCUCCUCCAUCAUCCUGGGCUGCAAGUAUCAUGGCUGGUCCUACGAUACCAACGGACUUUUGAAGAAGGCGCCCCACUUUGACAACAUCGAAGGGUUUGACCCUGUGGCUAACUCGUUGUACGAGAUCAAGACGCAUGUCUCCCGACAGGGAUUGGUGUUCAUCAAUUUUGACAACACCGAGGACGCCGUCCCGUUCGAGGACUUCUUUGCCGGGCUCGAGAGCGAGAUGGACGAGUUUGAUUUUGGCGACUACGAGUACCACAUGUCGUACGAGUUGGACGGCCAGUUCAACUGGAAAACGUUGAUGGACGGCUACCAGGAGUGCUACCACUGCCCAACCGCGCAUCCGGGGCUCAACCUGGCGUUCCGCAUGGAGACGUACAAGGUUGUCCCCAAGGGGAACUACUGCAGACACUACGCGAAGAUUGUCGAGGAAGAUAUUCCAGCUGUGGUUGAAGAGAACGACCCGGACACCGAGUCGUCGUGGUUUGGCUUCGGCAAGAAGAAGGAGGUGAGCAAGGCGCCCAAGAAGCAGAACCCCGGCGGCAGCUUCAACGGUCUCUGGUGCUACUUGUUCCCCACCAACGGCGUGAACUGCUACUCGCCAGCGUGGUACUCGAUCCGCGUGCUCCCAAUCACCGCCAAGCGCACCAUUCUACAGUACGACAUCUACACCAAGAAGGGCGCCACCGCGGACGCAAAGAAGGAGUUUGUCGACUUCUUGCAGCAGGUCGAGCUCGAGGACUUCAACCUCUGCGAGGCCACACAGAAAAACUUGAACAACGGCGUCUACUCGACCGGCUACUUGCACCCCACAAAAGAGAAGGGCGUGCUUCAUUACCAGGGCUUGGUCAGCGACAUGGUGAAAAAGCACUUUGCCCUCGAGAAGGAGACCGGCCGCCUCAUCAACCCUGCCGCCUUGACGGCCCGCCAAAGCGAAGAGGCCGAGGAGCUCGAGAAGAUCUGCACAGGCAUCGAGUGUCUGGGCUCCAACCCGGAGGACCACGACGGCCUUGACUGGUAGCUGUUCUUUGUCUAGCUAGUUUCUGUAUUUCUGUUUAGUUCUUUCUUGUCCCAUAACCUUAUUGCCAGUCA